UAACUAGUACGCGACGAGGGCGGGCAUUUUGAACGGACUUUACUUGCUGUGUGUUUUUCGCCGAGCCCACUUCCAAAAAGAAUAUCUGUUUUUCUACGGGAGAUCGAAUGAAGGGACAAACACAUACGACCCACAAGACGAUGACGGAUUCGAAUAAAAUAAACGACUCGUCGCAGCGAAGACGGUCCCCGCGGUUGACAUCUCCUUUGGUAAAUACGGAAAACAACAUGGCGCGUAACAGUAACGCCCCAGUCAAGCGUUUCACUUUGAAGAAAAUAGAGCCCAGGAAAACUACAAUUGCAGCUGUGCACGACAAAGAAAACACGCCGAGACGAUCAGAGGGAAGCCAACAGAAAAAGCAAAAGAUUUCCACUCCUGGUCCGGUUCGGGAGACCCGGCGGUCCUCCGGUGCAAAGAACAAGGCCGCCAUGCCAUCGCCGAUCCUUCCGCCAUCGACGCCGGUCCAGCCUCGUCCGCAGCAGCCAGCCGAGGAUGCACGCGAGGCGAUGUGGUCGCAGAAAGUGCGUCGGUCCUACACCAGGAUCAGCGACAAAUCCUUCAACAGCCACGACGCCCGAGAAACUCUUUUUGGGUUUGAGAUGCUGCAGACCCCCGAAGUGGGACGAAGCUUGAGUCGGGCUCAGACGACUCUGGAGGUUUCAAGUACCGCAUCUGGUCCCAGUUCCUUCAUUCUGGACGCCGAGGACUGCGUUCCGGACCCUGACAUCCCCGGCGUGGCGUUGGCAAAGAAGAAAAAAAAACGAAGGAAGGUCCAGCAGAUCGACGUCACGGAGCUGGAUGCACUUUCGGCCAAGAUGAACGCCGAGUUCCAGGAGGCUGAACAGUUCGAAUUGGUUGUGGAGUGAAAUAAACAUGGAGACUGACAAAACACUGAACAGAGGGAACCUGACAGCAUGUUGUGUUCACCGACAUGCUGAUUAAAUGUUUGAAAGGACAGACAGUUCACUUAAAUGUAAUGUGUUGGUUUUUUUCACGUUCUAGUUGUUUUUGCGUGUUAAUUCUGGCAUAAUGUAACGUAUGGUCUUAAUGGGAUUUAUUCUGAACCGUUUUCUCUUUUUUUUAAUCACCAUUGUAUAGUUUACCUUGUUGCCUCUGUAAAGUCGUAUGUGAGACAAGAGUAAAGGUGAAGUUGCCUACAUUGUUUUCUUAUUCUGUUUUAUUUUAGUGACGAGAAAGUCCAAUUCUACAUUUGCUCAUGAAUAAAUAUUUCAGAUU